AGCUGAGGGAUACUCAGUGUCAGCGAAUGUGAAUCUGACUGAAUGAGAUCUUAUAUUUGUGUGCCUGUACUGUAUAAGUAUGAGUACAUCCACUUUUGAUCCUGCUGCUUCAAUGUGAGUGAUUAAUUGUCUCAUUUAGUGUAAAAUCAUCUCAAACCAACUGCAACAACUAGAAGUAGUCUGUAUUCCACCUCAGUGUAUUCAAAGGAUGACAGAAGGUGUCUUCAGUAUUCUGCAGGUUCUGUGUCUGUAAUGACGCCGUCGUCACGCCUCCCUGACUUCAUGCAUGCGAGGCUGGCUGUUGGUCAUGUGUUGGGCAAUGAUCCACAUGAGAAUCCUUUAAGUAGCUUGUCUGGCAGCCUUGGAUGUCCUGAUUCACACACAAAUAGACUUAUAGUCAUGUACUGGGUUUUUCAUGAGCUGAUGAUAUAUGAACUAUACUUUUGUUUUCUGUCUGUUCCUGUUUCUGACCUAUUGUCUGUGGAGACAUCUACCCAUACGUGGGAUGAGUCACCUGAUCCUGGAUCUGCGCACUGAACUUGAGCUUGGGGAGGUGUGGCUCUCCUCUAUGAUCGUCUUAAAGCAUUAACGUUUCUGUGUCCGUCAGAAUCUCAAGUGCUCUGGAAAUAGAAGGAAACAAGUGGAAGGGAAGUUAUGAAAAACUGUGAGGCGCUGAAGCCAAAUGGGGCAUUAGAGCAGGUCAGAGAGCUCCGAAUUCACUCUGGGCAGUUGUUCAACAUAGAAACUGACAGAAAUCCACUCAGAGAAGCAUUUAAACAUUUAAUGCUGAAUGUUUAUUAUAAACUAUAACUGUUGAAAUCAUAUUGUUAAGACUGUAAAGCAAUUAAUACACAGCUUCUAUAUCAUUUCAUGUCCUGUGCCUAAUAGUCUCAGUCUCAUGUCUGGUUAGUUUGAAAUUAAUCCUUUCAAAAAAUAAAUUUAAUAAAUAAUAAAUCUUUAUUAGUUCAUUUGCACCUUCACAUAUUUGUCCUCUAGCGAGUGUGUUUGGUUGGUUUUGCUGAUGCUACAGCUUGUCCCUCAGCCCCAUGAGCCUUUUCAUUGCUUUCUCCAUUCGGGCGUCCCUUGUUUCAUUUCUCUCUUUUCACACCGUCAUAUCUGGAUUUUCUGACUGAAGGCUGUUUGUGCUGUUUGUGGGGAACCUGUCAGCCGGAGCUGGGGAGAACAGGAAGCUGCGCGGCUUCAGGUGCAGCGGGUGUCGGGCCGUGAGCAUUCGCAUGUGUCACUCAGCAUGACAUCAGCCGCCGCCUGCAAAUCUUCACCGCGCACGUGAGCCACCGGGUGCAUUCCCUGCCACAGCUAACGAGAUUCCCCUCGUUAAGUCCUCAUUAGGUGGUAAUCUGUGUUGGGGGAGGUGAGAAGUGGAGCUGGUUCAGAAGGAGCAAAGCAGCAGCUCAGACCAGGAACAGCAAAUGUUGUUUCUGUCUGUGGGAGCAGAAGUCUGUUGUUAGUCUUCUCUGGUUUGUGUGUGAAGCUUUGGAGGAUUGUCUUGAAGGACUGGAGGCCAUCUGCCUGGAGCUUUAGCAGGAUUGCAUGCUGAACCAGUGUGACCAAUCUGCCUGGUUCCUGCUGCGCGUGAGAGCGCGCGCGUUCCGUCGGAGCAUCGCAAUAUGAACGAAGGAGAAACCCAUCACUUUUCCGCCCGUCGUCUGUCAAACCAGUAGGGGAGAGGUCGUUCCCCGCUGCCUCCGUAGCUCGGCUCCGUCAUGGAGCCCGUCGCCAGGUUAAAAAGGUCCGUCAGGAAGCUGAGCGGCUGCGUGUGGGGGACGGAGGAGAGGGAGAUAUGUGCGAAACGCAGGGUCCGGAGGGGACGAGGAGGGUGCAACAGGUCGAGGAGGCCCAAAGACCCGUCAGGCGGCCGCUCGUACCAGGCAGACCUGGACAAAGAGAGGAAGCUGCGGGAGGCGAUGAACGCGCAGAAGAACGCCGAGAGAGCAGCCGUGAGAGCUCACUUCAGGAGAAAGUACCAGCUGGCGGAGAAUCCCAAGGACUCGGAGCACCUGAGGUCCGUCGGAGGGAAAGUCUCGCUCCCCCGCGAGCUGUCCCAGAUGAUUUAUCCCCAAGCCAGAGGCAAGGACGGCGGCUUCAACCUGCUCAGCGCCUUCCAAGGCCUCGGCUUCGGCGCCGCGGCGCCGGCGGGGAGGCGUCCCGACAAGCCGGCGGCGGCUGCGCCCUCCGACGCCGACUCCUGCAGCGUCAUGUGAUCAGGAUUAGAGCUCAACGCCGCUCCAACACAAACAUACACACAGCUCUCUAUGACAUCCUGCGAACAUACAUACACUUUAAAUUGGACUAAUAAUCUGUUUAAUCAGUCGGUAAUCAGUUACAAGUGGCUUCUCUGGAUGAGCUCACCCUUGUUUGGCUUUUAGUCAUGGAUGGAUAAUAACCAUGUCAUUCAUUAUAAACCGCUUAUUUAAUGUUGGGAUGGUGCUUAUAAAGUAUUUGUUGUUACUUUAUGAUAAUUCAACAAUGCCUGAGAUAUAAGAGAAAACAUCUGGCUGACAUCCUAUUGAUGUCAUAGGAUGUAACACUAUUGGUUAAAUUAUGUCCAGCCGUGAUUAUGAGAUUAAUUACUAUUAUUAUUUUUUACAUUUUGUCUUCUUUUAUGUCUGUAGCUUGAUUGAACAACUGAGACAUUCUCAGUUAUAUUUAUUUCUGUGGUUGUUUACUGUAGCUAGUCUCCUCUCAGAGGGUCGUCACAGCUCUCUAAUGAUAUGGAUCCAACUGAGUGAUCUGUUCACAAGUAGGGAACCUCAGGGCUUCACUUCCUCGUUUGACAUACUUCUUUUGUAUAUUUGCAAACUUGUGUGACACAGUUUAUUAGAUGGUCCUGGUUGGAACCACUUGUGAUGUGUAACUGUUAUUUUCUACCCUGUUCAUUUUGUUGUGUAUGAAUGGCUUUUGAACAACAUUGAGCAGAAACUAGUCGAUCUCCUCACAAACCAACAAUUAAGAUCUUUGUGUUUUUGCUGAAACCCUUUGAAUGAAUGCUGUCAUUUGUAAUAAAGUUUUCCUUUGGCCGCUGAAUGGGUUCUUCUGUGUCGGCCGCGUGGACGUGUGUGUUCCGUGUGAACG